AUGGAUAUCGACAACGCUUUUCUACAUGGUGACAUUGAUGAAAUUAUUUACAUGAAACUUCCUCAAGGUUAUGUACACAAUGGACAACUUCCUCCGAAUCCGGUGUGCAAACUCAACAAAACCUUGUAUGGUCUUAAACAAACUUCAAGACAAUGGUACUCCAAGCUUAGCACCACCCUCUUACAACAUGGCUUCACUCAGUCUUCAUUCGACCACUCUCUCUUCAUCAAAAACAAAUCAGGUGUAUUCAUCGCCUUAUUAAUAUAUGUAGAUGACAUUCUCAUUCCAACUAAUAAUGAAUCGACUCUUGUUUCUUUCAAAAAAAAUUUAGACAGCAAGUUUAAACUCAAGGACUUAGGUCCUCUUCGUUUCUUCCUUGGUUUAGAAAUUAGUAGGAAUAAAAAUGGCAUUUUCGUUUUCCAACGUCCUUUCACUUUACAAAUAUUAUCUGAUACAAGUUAUUUAGGUUCCAAGGCUUCCUCCACUCCCAUGGAACCAAACCUUAAAUUAAGCAACGAUAUUGGUGAACUAUUACCCUAUGCCACUUCUUAUAGAAGUCUCAUUGGCAAACUUUUAUAUCUUACAAUUACAAGACCUGAUAUAUGCAUUGCUGUCAAUAGAUUGAGCCAAUUCCUCUCUGAACCACGGCUUCCUCACCUACAGGCUACUCAAAAGGUUCUUCAAUACCUCAAAGCAACUCCAGGCCAAGGAUUAUUUUUCCACUCUCUACACCAACAAAAUCUCAGUCAAGCCCUUCAACUCAAAGCCUUUGCAGAUGCUGAUUGGGGUAGUUGCAUUGACACUAGAAGGUCCAUCUCUGCUUACUGUGUAUUUCAUGGAAAUUCAUUAGUUUCAUGGAAAUCUAAGAAACAAAGUACAAUCUCUCGUUCAUCUGCCGAAGCUGAGUACCAUGCAAUGGCCAAUACCACUUGUGAGCUUACUUGGUAG